CAAUGACAUUAUUCACAAUUAAUUUUGAGGUUAUAACUCACUUUUAUUGUUUGUUUAUCAAUUGUUUAUCAAAGAAUAAAGAACAGCAGCUGAGUUGUCAAAGUUGUACAAUAUAUUCCUACACUGCAGUGCAGUGUGUAGUGCUGUCGAAAAAUGGCCCCAAUAAAGAAAGGGAAACGUUCUAAUCAUCAUGUUGCAAGAGAUUACGCGGAAAGAUUGAAUGAUUUAACCAAACAGUCAUCUUCGGACGAAAGCGAUGGCAGUACUUCUUCCGAUGACGAUGGAAUACCUGCUUCGUUUCCAGUGAGCAUGUGGGAUCUCAACCAUUGUGAUCCCAAAAAAUGUUCAGGCAGAAAACUCUUAAGACAUAACCUCAUCAAAAACUUGAAGCUCGGUCAUCGAUUUUCAGGAUUAGUCUUGUCGCCAGUCGGGACCCAGUGCGUCAGUCCCAACGACAAAGAUAUAAUAGAGAAAAAUGGCCUUGCUGUUAUUGACUGUUCGUGGGCAAAAAUUGACGAAACUCCAUUCGGCAGAAUGAAAUCACCUCACCCAAGGCUAUUGCCAUUUUUGGUUGCAGCUAAUCCUAUAAAUUAUGGUAAGCCCUAUCAGCUUAGUUGCGUGGAAGCGUUAGCGGCGGCUUUGUUUAUAACAGGACAUAAAAAAGAAGCAAAAUUUUAUUUGUCAAAGUUUUCUUGGGGCCAUUCAUUUUUGGAAUUGAAUUCAGAGGUGCUGGAUCUUUAUGCAGCUUGUACUGACAGUAAAAGUGUGAUAGAGGCACAAACUAAGUUUUUGGAAAGUGCUCAGAAAGAGCAGGACACAAGACCUAUGUGGCCUCCAAGUGAGUCAGAGUCAGAAUCUGAUAGUAGUUAACAAAAGAAAUUGAACUUUUAUAAUUGUUUGUGUUUAUAUUAGGUAUAUAGUGCAAAACAUUUUUGUGUUUAAAUUUUUGUAAAUCUAUCCCAUGUUUGUGAAACUAUAGACAGCAAAUUUGUGAAAAAAUCAAGCAAAUACAUGUGUUAUGUAAGUUGGUUUAGAUUUCCUUCAAAAUGAUGUUGGUUAUAUGGGUGUCGCAGGAGUGAAUGCUUGAUUGUUUCUCAGGAUUGUGGUAUUGUCAUUAUAAUACUAUGUUAACUAUGCAUACCAAAUUUCAUUCAAAUCAGGUUGAAAGAAGGAAUCCAUAGUGAAGCAUUAAUUUUCAUUCUCCUGACAUAUACUUGUCCUGGUUGUUGCCUGUAAAGAUCACUCCGAGGAGGACCUGAUUUGCAUUUGACCAUAUUGUUAUUAGUUAUGAGUUUACAUGCGUUAUUACUUGAAUAAAGUGUACAUUUACUUUUGCAAGUGUUUUGUAACCUACUUUAUUAACAUUAACAAAGUAUGUUUAUUUCAGAUUUAUUAAAUGAAUUACAUUAAGUACAUAUUUUGUAUUAUUAUAAUGUUAUAUUACAAUACUUGUUGCUUUCAGAUGAUGUUGAAUAUAUUCUCAAACAAAGAAAGUUUGGUUUGUAAUACAAUUUUACUCUCCAUAAGAAAAAUAUAUCACAAUAUGUAUAUUUAACAUUAUCGCCAAUGAUACGAAACCCCACACUAUGCAAUAUCUAGAAAAAAAAUUAAUUACUUAAACUAUACAUUACAUUUGAAUUUUAGUUAUACAAAUAUCUGUUUAAAAGCACUAUAUGAAUUUUACGACGUAAAGUAAGUAGGCUAUAGAAA